GAGAUGAGAAGCUCUGGACCUUUCGCUCUUGAACCUUGCCAAUGGCGCUGCCUCUUGGACUCUUCUAGUCCUAGGCUUCUCCGAUAACCUUUCCUGGAUCCGAUAUCCGGCGAAUUUUGACCGGCGCUCCCCGAUUAGGGUUUUUUUGUUCCCCCGGGUUACCUUGAUGGUGACCAAUGAUUAUAUCGCCACGAACGGGCACGGAUUUAGCAAGAUGGAGGAAGAGUACAUAAGAAGGCACCACAAACACGAAGUCAAAGACAAUCAGUGUAGCUCUUCGCUCGUUAAACACGUCAGAGCUCCUGUUCAUCUCGUUUGGUCCCUGGUGAGGAGAUUUGAUCAACCACAGAAGUAUAAACCAUUUGUUAGCAGAUGUGUUGUCCAGGGCGACCUUCAGAUUGGAAGUGUUAGGGAAGUGAAUGUCAAGUCAGGAUUACCAGCCACAACCAGCACUGAAAGAUUGGAGCUUCUAGAUGAUGAAGAGCACAUUUUGAGCAUGAGGAUUGUUGGUGGGGAUCACAGGUUAAAGAACUACUCAUCCAUUGUAACUGUUCACCCUGAGGUCAUUGAUGGGAGACCAGGAACAUUGGUGAUCGAGUCAUUUGUGGUGGAUGUCCCAGAGGGGAACACCAAGGAUGAGACGUGCUACUUUGUUGAGGCUCUACUUAAAUGUAACCUCAAGUCGCUUGCUGAUGUUUCAGAACGUUUGGCUGUUCAAGACCAUACAGAACCCAUUGACAGAAUCUGAGUAAUCUGGGUUGGAUUAGUGGAUUAGUAUGAAGCUGCGUUAUAAGAAUAUCGUAGAGAGUUUGGCAUCCUAGAGUACUCCGCCUUCCUUUAUACUUUAUUUAUGCUUGAUUUCUUCUUUUACUAGAACAUUAUCUUCACCUGUUCCUGUGUUGAUAGUAGCUGACAAUGAUAAGAAACAAAUCAAAAUUUUCGUUGUGAUGUUCUUGUGUUUAAUAAUGGGGAAUUAUAUUGGUAUCUGAUUGUAAAUAACUAUGCAUGACAGAA